GCUACCGCACUACAACAUCUUUUCUCUCAACCUGUCCUCCAUACCCCAUGGCCGUCUCUCCUGCGUCGGGUCCUUUUUGUCCCAUUAAUCAACCUCUUAUGGUUCCGUAGCGAUUCCAGCGUCCUAAAAGCAAUUCCACUGGCUAAUUAUCCCAAUUCGAUCUCCACCUCACUGUUAUGGACUCCACCAUCGCCGCCGCGCUCCUGUUCCUUCUCAUCCUCUUCUUUUCAUCACCGGCCAACCUUUUUCCUCCUUCUUCUCCCUCUUCUUCCCCCGAUAUCUCCACCUGCCUCCUUUCCUCGGGCGUUCACAACUUCUCCGUUGCCAAAGACUCCCCUUUCUUUAUCCAUCUCCUGACCUUCUCUAUCCAAAACCUUCGCUUUUCACGCCCUUAUCUACCUCGCCAGCUCGCCGCUGUCAUCCUCCCCCACGACCUCCCUUCCCUCCGAGCCUCUAUCCUCUGCUGCCGGGCAUCCUCUCUUACAAUCCGCCUCCGAAGCGGCGGCCACAGCUACGAGGGCCUCUCCUACCAAGCAGCCAGCCAUGCCGGUUCCAUCGCCGUCCUCGACCUCAUGAACCUCGACCACAUCGACGUCGACGCAGCCGGCCAAACUGCUUGGCUGCAAACCGGCGCCACUCUUGGCCAGCUCUACCAUGCAGUUGCGGCCGCAGCCGCCGUUUCUUCACCCCAACCGCUUGCCUUCUCCGCUGGCUCCUGCCCCACCGUUGGCUCCGGUGGCCAUAUCGCCGGCGGCGGUUUCGGCCUUCUCUCGCGUAAAUACGGCUUAGCCGCCGACAACGUGUUGGACGCCAUUCUCGUUACGGCCGAUGGGCGUUUCCUUGAUCGGGAGUCUAUGGGGGAGGAUCUUUUCUGGGCCAUACGCGGCGGCGGCGGUGGUGCCUGGGGGGCGGUUUUUGCCUGGAAGAUCCAGCUUCAAAUUGUUCCUAUCCGGGUCUCCGCUUUCAUCGUGAAUCGGCCUGGUUCGAACCUUCAUGUAGCUGAGCUGAUCGAUGCGUGGCAGAGGGUUUCCCCUACCCUUCCCGACGAGCUCUACGUCUCUUGCUUUGUGGGUGGCGGCCUACCGGAGUCAGAGCGAUUAGGGAUGUCAGCCACAUUUAAGGGCCUAUAUCUCGGCUUGGCCAGUGACGCUCUGUCCACCAUUGCAGACCAAUUUCCUGAGCUUGAUCUCCUGGACUGGGAGGUCCAAGAGAUGAGUUGGAUUGAGUCGGUUCUUUACUUCUCAGGUCUAAAGAGUGGGAGCUCCGUCGACAACCUCCUGGAUCGGGAUCUCCAUUCUAAGACAUUCUUUAAGGCCAAAUCAGAUUACGUUCGGACUCUCAUUGAAUUUCAUGAUCUUCUUAAACUGGUUAAUCUGUUAUCGACGGAGCCGAAGGCUUACUUAAUCAUGGACCCAUAUGGUGGAUCGAUGGCACGAAGGAGAAGCGAUGAUCUGCCAUUUCCGCAUCGGAGCGACAAUCUUUAUGCAAUUCAACAUUUGAUUGAGUGGAAGGAUGAAGAUGAUGAUGGGGAUAGGGAGAGGUACAUGCAGUGGUUACGAGAAUGGUAUGAGUUCAUGGGGCCAAUGGUCUCCAGCGGACCGAGAGCAGCUUAUGUGAAUUAUCUAGAUUUGGAUUUAGGGUACAGAGGAUGGGCGACGGAGACUGAGGAAAGUGGAGAUCCAGUGGAGGAGGCGAGGACAUGGGGGGAGAGGUAUUUCUUAGGGAAUUAUGAUCGAUUGGUUCGAGUGAAGACGAUGAUUGAUCCAGACAAUGUGUUUUGGAAUGAACAGAGCAUACCGCCAUUAACGUUGAGAUGUCCAUUCACGAGGCAUGGCAAGGAGAAAUUUUUCUGUGCGGAGGGGGGAGCCAGCUCUAUUUCUCGAGGCGAAUCAGCUGCAGUCAUUUCAGCAGUACUGAACUACGGUACCGAGCAGUAUAGACCCACGAUACAAAGAUAAGGAAUGACGUGACACAUUCUGAUUGGUCUCCAAAUAACAUUCGACUUUCGCACAUAAUAAUUAAUCCAUGACAAUGCAUAUAAUUUAUAAGGAUUAAAUUUUAAUCAUAUAGGAUCAUAUCUUCAUUAUUCAAUUUAUAGUUAUAGCACCCACCAUCCAACUGAAUCAUAAAUCAAACAAUAUUUUUAAAAUUUGAACAGACUCACUGUUCACAUUGGAGAGAAAAUACAAAAUAAUUUUCUAUUUGACUUUCACGUGAAGAUUUCCGGCAGCUGCAAAUAGAUUACGGCAGCUGCAAAUAGAUUAUAACUGAAUGACAUUCGGUCGCAUCAAAAUGCCUAAGUUCUUGCAGAAACAAUUGGAUAGUAAAACUGGACAAAAUUAUCAUAAAUAUAGUUAGCUUGUAAUCAUGCACCUCUUGUAUUUUAAAUGAAAUUAAUUGAAUAUUGUUUCAAAAAAUUUUGUAAUUCUUUUAUGUAAUUUAAUAGG